AUUUUAUGCAACGUUUGAAGUUGUUUUUGGCAUGGACGUUUAUUUCACGUGUUCGGAUUCUUAGGUGAAAUUUAAUGAACAUCGACUUAUUAAUUAAACCAAAUAUCAGAUAUUAUAAUGGCAGAACGUAAGGGAACUUCCAAAGUUCGAAUGCUUCAAGAUAUUGAGGAAGAUGUUCAGAAAUUUUGGGAAGAUCAAAAAAUAUUCGAGCAAGAUGCCCCGAUAGACUUUAAUUUAGAUGAGAAAAAUGAGCAGAAAUUCUUCACGACCUUUCCGUAUCCAUAUGCAAAUGGUCGUCUUCAUCUGGGACAUACAUUCUCCCUCAGCAAGUGCGAGUUCGCAGCGGGUUAUCAGCGUAUGCAGGGGAAAAAAUGCCUCUUUCCGUUUGGUUUUCACUGCACCGGCAUGCCGAUAAAAGCUUGCGCUGACAAGCUGGUCCGUGAAAUGGAGCAGUUUGGUUAUCCACCGCAGUUCGCUUCCGAAGAUGACUCGCCCAUUGAUGAAAAGCAGAAGGAGAAGACUAGCAUUGAGGACCAAAUCAAGUCGAAAUCUAAAGGGAAGAAAAGCAAAGCGUUAGCAAAGACAGGCUCCGCAAAAUACCAAUGGGAAAUCAUGCGAAGCCUUGGACUUCCUGACGACGAAAUUAAGAAAUUCGCUAACGCAGAUUACUGGUUGGACUAUUUUCCUCCAGCCAUGAUGGCAGAUCUCAAACGGAUGGGAAUCCGAGUCGAUUGGCGUCGCUCAAUGAUCACAACAGACGCAAAUCCAUUCUAUGAUUCCUUCGUUCGGUGGCAAUUCAUACGAUUAAAGGAAAAAAACCGUAUUAAGUACGGAAAAAGAUACAGCAUAUUUUCACCGAAGACAAAUCAACCUUGUGUAGAUCACGACCGUCAAACCGGGGAAGGGGUGGAACCGCAGGAGUACACCAUCGUCAAGCUGAAGAUUCAAGAACCCUUACCUGAGGUGUUGAUGCAGCUAAAAGGGUACAACGUCUUUCUCGUGGCUGCAACACUUCGGCCUGAAACGAUGUACGGUCAAACAAACUGUUGGAUAUCACCAGAUAUAGAGUAUGUAGCCCACAAAAUGAAGGGAGGAGAAAUUUUUAUAUGCACAUUCCGGUCGGCUUAUAACAUGUGCUAUCAGGAUCUAUGCACGACACAUGGACAGGUUGACGUACUCGCCAAGUUUAACGGAGCAGCUUUAAUGGGUAUCGCUCUUCAUGCCCCCCUUACGAGUUAUAAGACCAUUUACACUCUACCUAUGUUAACAAUAAAGGACGAUAAGGGCACGGGCAUCGUAACAAGUGUCCCAAGUGAUUCACCUGACGAUUUCGCUGCGUUGCGUGAUCUCAAACAAAAGGAGUCGCUGCGCAAAAAGUAUGGGAUUAAAGAUGAAAUGGUGAUUCCGUUUGAACCCAUACCAAUUCUUGAGAUUCCCGGUCUUGGCAAGCUUGCAGCUCUGAAAGUUUGUGACGACUUAAAGAUCCGAAGUCAGAACGAUCGAGAUAAACUUUCGGAGGCCAAACAAAUGGUGUAUUUGAAGGGAUUUUAUGAUGGUAUACUUUUGGUUGGUCCUUAUGCCGGGAAAAGAAUCCAGGACGUAAAGAAGCUCAUUCAAAAUGAGCUGUUGGAACGCAAAGAGGCAGUUUUUUACAUGGAACCAGAAAAGAAAAUCAUUGCACGUUCUGGAGAAGAAUGUGUCGUUGCUCUUUGCGACCAAUGGUACCUUGAUUACGGUGACAAAUCAUGGAAAAAUAUGGCUCACAUCAACCUAAACAGUAUAGAAUGCUAUUCAGACGAAGUGCGAAAUAAUUUAAAAAAAUCCAUCGAUUGGCUUCAGGAACACGCGUGUUCACGGACUUAUGGUUUGGGAACAAAACUGCCUUGGGAUGAAAAGUGGCUUAUUGAAUCUUUGUCCGAUUCGAGCAUCUACAUGGCAUACUAUACAGUGUCACACCUUUUGCAGGGCAACGAUAUCACUGGACGUCACGGAAAAAGCCCUCUUGGUAUUGAACCAUCCGACAUGACACCAGAGAUAUGGGAUUAUCUAUUCUUCAAAGAUACACCGUUCCCGAAGUCAGCUAGAGUUUCUAAAGCUACCUUUGACAUAUUGAAGCGAGAGUUCGAGUUUUGGUAUCCUCUGGAUGUUCGUUGCUCUGGCAAGGAUCUGGUUCCCAGUCACCUUUCGUACUUAAUCUUCAAUCACACGGCCAUAUGGGAACAAGAACCAGAGAAAUGGGUCCGUGGUGUACGGGCAAACGGUCACUUGCUUCUCAACAGUGAGAAGAUGUCUAAGUCAACUGGUAACUUUCUUACGCUGAUCGACGCCAUCAACAUGUUUGGCGCCGACGGCAUGAGGCUCACGCUUGCCGAUGCUGGAGAUGGUGUGGAAGAUGCCAACUUUGUAAUGAAUAUGGCAGAUGCCGGCAUCCUUAGACUUUUCACUUUUCUCGAGUGGGUGAAAGAAAUUAUCGAAGUUCAAAAGAAGCUCAGAACGGGGCCGUUAAAUACAUUUGCGGACAAAUCAUUUGCGAAUCAGAUAAAUUUUCAUAUUAUAGAAACCAAGAAAAAUUAUGAUGCAUUCUUAUUUAAAGAAGCAUUGCGUACUGGUUUUUUUGAGUUUCAAACUGCUAGGGAUGAAUAUCGGGAGCUUUGUCUCCUAGAUGGGAUGCACUACGAUUUGGUAAUGCGAUUUAUUGAGGUACAAGUUCUUAUGUUGUCCCCUAUCUGUCCUCACAUCUCAGAACAUAUAUGGAUGAAACAUCUGAAAAAUAAGGAAAGCAUAAUGUUCGCUCGGUGGCCUUCCGCCGAACCUGUUGACGAGAAACUACUGAAGUCAUCUGAAUACCUUCGUGAAGUCUCUCAUGAACUCCGCGUACGCCUAAAGGCUUUUCUUGCAGCAGCUACUAAAAGAAAAAAGGACGUUUCCGGUGGUUCUAUCCCUAAAGUGAUCGAGGGUAAUAUCUGGGUGGCACGGACAUUCCCACCUUGGCAGUCGGUGAUUCUGAGCACCAUGGCCGACCUCUUUAAUAAGUAUCAUGUGUUGCCGGACAACAAGGUGAUCUCUAAUGAACUUAAGGAUAAGCCUGAGCUAAAAAAAUAUAUGAAGAAAGUGAUGCCUUUCGCUCAAAUGGUGCGCGAGAAGGUAGACAAAUUGGGAAUAAAGGCAUUGCAGCUCACAGUGGACUUCAACGAGGUUGAUAUAUUAAAAGAGAAUCUCGCUUAUCUCGUAAGUACCCUAGAUGUCGUUUCCCUAAACAUCGACUAUAACGACACUGUAGAAGACAAGAUUAAAGAGGAGUGUUGCCCUGGUGUGCCAUUUGUCGUCUUUCAAGAACUUCGGUCUUUUAAUCUGACCUGCCUUAAUCAACAACAUCAGACGGCUGCCUUCGAGGCCGUUAUACCAGUUUUGCCCAACGACACCUGCCGGAAGCUUAGAGAACGUAUUCGAAAAGAAAAUCGCCAUGUGAAGGAGAGCCAGAAGAUACGCUUAUUCCGUUAUGAAGACCCUUUUGGCGGUCCACGGAAAAUUCCAACAAUGGACAACCAUCUUGAAGGAAAAAUUGAAAUCCCAGAGGACUGUUGCUUAGAUGUAGAUUUCAAUAGUAAUUCAUUGAUGCUUAUUAACGGCUCAGACAAGAUAAAUUUGGGUGACCAAAUAACCUACGUGGUCGGAUAGAGCUAUUUGUCCAGCCCAACAAUAGGUACGUACCGAUAAACGUUAUGGUGCGAAUAAGAAGAGCCCGUGAGCCCACCAAUGAAGCGCUUUCAUAACAUAAAUGUUGGCAGGAAUAAAAGUGUCCAACUGAGCAAAAAUUGCCUUUUUUUGUAGUGUGUGUAUGUUAAAAAAGACAAAAACUGUCGAAUCGAAUUACAGGUUAAGAAUAUGUCUUAUUGAGCAUAUCUUUGUUUUAGAGUUGCGCUUAUGCUAUGCGGAUCAGUGGUAAAGGAUAUAUAUAUAUAUGCAUACAUUGUCGAAUUCUAAAUCGAAAGAAGGUAUUUAUUGGCCUCUUCGUUUAAUACCUCAAUUUGUCUAUAGAAAAUGCGGUUCUUUAAAGUGACGGAAGUGCAUAUAUAUCGGUGUUGUCUUAGCCAAAUAUUUGCAUUUGAAAUGUACCUCCGCAGUAAAAUGAUUAAAAAUUUUUUAGUCGAAUUACGGUAUUUUAAUUAUAUCGUCUGAUUAGAUUGGUGAUGAAAUGUGGGUGGGUAUCGUUGAAAAAACGUAAAUAGUUUGUAAUGAUGGCCAUUUCCCUUAGUUAUAUGUACUUGAAAUGCUACGAUUUAAUCACUUUGUUAACUUAGAUCCUCUCUAUCAAUUAAGUAAAUUUCUAGCUCAGUCACAAUCAGACUUUAAGUUACAGUCAAAAUGGAUGAACAUAACGUCGAUACAAAUAGAAAAAGAAAUUUAUCAUACAAUCGGAUUUUUAACUCAUAACUCGAAACCUGCUUGCUGCAUAAAUUUCGUAGGCAUUAUUAGAAAACUGAACCUCUGGGCUUGCUCAUAGGAGAAGUUCCAAACGAUCUGCAAUAGUUCAAACAGUGAUCACAAGUGUUUCCUCGUAUUUCAUAAAAUGUAAAAAGUUUCUGCAGAAUUUUUG